AUGGCCAAGAAUGAAGAAGAGCAGGAGCGCUACCGGCCUACAGUGUUGCGUCACCUGGCAGGCCAGGAACUAAGAUUGGGGCCGUACGGGAAUGUGUUGAAGAAGGUGGUGCAUACUACGAAUCGGCCCCAGAUACCUGGUUUGCUGCAUUCAUCGGCCGCCAAAAUCCGGUUCAAGGUGUGCGAUGGUAUUGUCGACUCAGUGGACCCUGUGGAAGGGCACGCAGUGGUGUGCAUAUUUGACAAGGACAUGGGCUGGUUUGACUUGCCCGAGGAUGUCUCGGUGGAGGAGAUUCUGAGGGAGGAAGCGGAAAGGACGGAGGACGCGGUGGCAGAGGGUGCAAAUGACGACCCUUUGUUGGCCUUUAGUACGAGACGGUCUUGGCGCAAGUGGGACGUUCCUAUAGCAGCUAGAUUGGGGAAUUACGUAUACAGCCAUGCGUUGGCUAACGUGAUACGAACUAUGGUCGUGGGCGAGAAGGCUUUGUUCCAGUACGUGGGCCCUGAGGAGCCAAACGCCUACCCCAAUAUGGAGUUUGAUAAGGGGUUCACAGUCUACGUGGAGUGUGAGGAGUUGUACAGUAGAGAGAAGCUCAACCCGCUUGACUACUGCAGUUUGGUUGAGUCUUGGAACAGUUUCGAUCCGAUGAUUGACACAGUUCGCUACAAGGAGCGCUGCCAUGAAAACGAGUACCAGGUCGUCUACGACCAAGAAGCCUGGCUGUUUGUACCGUUAUCUGUACAGAAGGACUCUCGGCGGUGCCAGAUCCUUUCGGUGGUCGAGUUUGACAUGAGUGUGUGCACACGCGAAGGUACCGAAACUUGGGAAAACGAGCAGUGUACCAUCGGGCUGGCAGACAUCAACCCGUGGCUGGAACAAGCGCUGACUGGCGAGUGUACACUCUUACUGGAUUGCUUCAUCUUGCUGCCCUUGCAACCACGCGAAGAUAUAAUCCGGAGGAAGGACUGGGGAGACUGCGCCUCCUGCUCAGACCUCCUCGCCGUCUCAGACAAGAGCUACGACGACGUGGAGUACUAUAUACCUCUGGACGAAGAACACGCGUUCGACGCCCGGUACAGAAGGUCGCCCGAAGACGUGACCUAUCGCAAAGGCCGGUUCGGAAUCCUGCCGUCCAGCCGCAACCAAAAGCGCUUCAUGAACUUGACACAUGGAGCCAUCGUCACCUCGCUUAUCGUCCGAAAGAUCUGGCUCCUUCCAGACAUCAGGUCCGGCGUCUAUGAUCCCAUAACUGACACGAACAGCGCCCAUGAAUCCUCACGUCAACAAGACGGAAAGAACAGUGAACAAGACGGGGAGUGCAGCGAACCCAGUGGCCAAAAGACAGAGGACAAGGCGACCAAGGACGAGGCGGUGUUCAAGGCGUCUAACAAUGAGUCCAGCGCGGCCGAGGCCAAGUCGACGGAGGCCAAGUCGACGGAGGCCAAGUCGACGGAAGGUGAGCCGGCAGGGAGUAAGGGACUGGAUGUUGACGACUCGAGCGAAGGUUUUGUGUCGUCGGAGGAUGAGUACGGCAGUGAUCUGGUGAGUGAAGAGUACGAUCCUGCAGCGUAUAAGAGCCAAGAGGUGGGUGGUGAGCCGUUAGAGGCUGAUGAGGUGUAUGGGUAUAUAUUGAGUUACGCACGACGCAUUAUGGUGUUGGGGGAUGGCUUGAGCGCGAGGGGGUUGCAUCUCGAUGCCUUCCGUUUGUAUUCACUGGCUCUGACUGACUUGGAGUGCCAGAGCACGAAUGUGGAAUACGAGAAGUGUCGGGAGUUGCCUCUGAUUCAGGUGCGGCGGGGCUUGCGCAAGAAGAUGGUUGGUAAUUUAUGCUUUCUCGGCGGGUACCGACACGCGCUUUGGAUGCUGAACGAGUACUUGGUCGACGACUGUCCCGACGAUCCCGAGAUCUAUCUCUGGCUCGGGCGCGCGGAACAGGGCUUAGGGCGCUAUGACUCGUCCAUCACCCGCUUUAAGUACGGCGCGCUCUUAACGACCGCCGAACCCAGCCGCCCUCGGGGCGACGGAUCUGGGACCUACCGCGCCGGGUCUAGGACCAACGGCGCCGGGUCUGGGACCAACCGCGCCGGGUCUGGGACCGACUGGAUCGACUGGCAGAAAGAGAUCGACGCAUCCAAUCGCCUGAUCAGAGAGGCCCCCAAGUCCCACUUCGACUUUGCGGGCGCUUUCAAAGGUUAUUCGGACGGUCGGCAAUCGGUUGAUCAUCAGAAUGUUGGCCGAGCAGUGGAGGCGGCUGCGACGCCGAGUCAGGGCCGAACGGUGGAACGUCGGUCGAUCAACAUGGACUCGGAGGAGGAGCGGCCGGAAUACGAGCGGCUAUUGGCGGAACAUGCUGUAAAGCUUGGCACUUCCGAGUUCCGGCCGCCUGUGCCGCCGGACGAAUUUGACGUGUCCCGGUUCGGUCGUUCCUGCCGCCACCGAGUGCGCUACUCCGAGUGCAGCCAGUGCUCCGAGGAUGCUGACUGCGCAGAAUGGUUCGACGACUUCGGCUCCCACAAUGAACGCCUCCAAAUCUCCGACGCGUAUCUCAACGACGAAACGAGACACUUCCUUGAACGCUUCGGCUUCCAGUGCAGACCCGUACGACCUGCCGCAACGGAAGACCCCGACCACCCCCAAUACUUGGCAGACGACUACUCAGAAGACAACCCUCAGGAAUUGAAAGACGACCACCCCAAAAUUUUAGAAGAUAUAUAUGGCGGCUCCCACGACGACGGUUCUGACGACGGUUGCUCCCCUGAUGACUCCCCCGACGACUCCUUGCUAGAUGAUUAA